AUGCCUCUCGUGAACACCACCGAAGUCAACGAGGACACUCGUGUCCUUGGUUACGACCCUCUGUUGUCGCCGCAGUUCCUCCAGACCGAGAUCCCCGCGCCUGAACGUGCCAUUCAGACUGUUCGCCAAGGUCGCAAUGAAGCCAUUGAGAUCAUCGAGCAGCGUGACGACCGUCUGCUCGUCAUGGUCGGUCCCUGCUCCAUCCAUGACCCCGACACGGCCCUUGAAUACGCCCGUCGUCUGAAAGAAGUCGCUGGCAAGCUCUCCAAAGACCUCUGCAUCAUCAUGCGCGCAUAUCUCGAGAAGCCCCGCACCACCGUCGGCUGGAAGGGUCUGAUCAACGACCCCGAUAUCGACGAGACUUACAACAUCAACAAGGGUCUGCGUGUCUCCCGCAAGCUCUACGUAGACCUCACCAGCGCCGGUCUCCCCAUUGCCUCGGAGAUGCUCGACACCAUCUCCCCGCAGUUCCUUGCUGAUCUCAUCUCCCUCGGGGCCAUCGGUGCCCGCACCACUGAGUCCCAGCUUCACCGAGAGCUGGCUUCCGGUCUUUCCUUCCCCAUUGGUUACAAGAACGGCACAGAUGGCAACCUGACCGUGGCCAUUGAUGCCAUCGGUGCGGCCGCUCACCCCCACCGCUUCCUCGGUGUGACCAAGCAGGGUCUGGCGGCCAUCACCAAGACCGCCGGUAACGAGCACGGCUUUGUCAUCCUCCGUGGCGGAAACCGAGGUACUAACUACGACCGCGAGAGCAUUCGCAGUGCGCGGGAGGCCCUCCGCGCCAAGAAGCAGCGCGAAGUUCUCAUGGUGGACUGCUCUCACGGCAACUCCAAGAAGAACCACCUCAACCAGCCCCUGGUCGCCAAGGAGGUCGCCGAUCAACUCCGCGAGGGUGAGACCGGUAUCAUCGGUGUCAUGAUCGAAUCCAACAUCUACGAGGGUAACCAGAAGGUUCCCCCCGAGGGCCCCUCCGGACUCCUCCGCGGUGUCAGCAUCACCGAUGCCUGCAUCAACUGGGAGAUGACCAUUGAUGUGCUGAACGAUUUGGCGGACGGUGUGCGCGCUCGUCGUGCUCUCUUGGCAGCCAAGACCAACGGCGCCAACGGCUCUCACUAA